AUGUUGAGAUCAACUCUAGUUCGGGUCGCCCGGCCAGGCCUGGCUCGAGCCUGUCGCCACAGCGUGCGCUCGCAGCUCAGCAGACGGCUGGGCCCGGCCAGUGGGCUGGCAGCGGCAGCGUCAGUUCCUGCCCGCUUCAACUCCACCUUGGGCAAAAUCGAUAAACCCACCUACCAGCUCACGUUCACAUGUAAAGCCUGCAACGAUCGGUCGAGCCAUCUAGUCUCAAAGCAAGCCUACCACAACGGAACAGUUCUUGUUCAGUGCCCGUCUUGCAAGAACCGCCACCUCAUUGCGGAUCACUUGGGAAUAUUCACCGACAGCCGCACUACUUUAGACGAGAUCCUGGCCGCCCAGGGCAAAAAAAUAACCAAAGGAACAAUUGACCUAGAGAAGCUCGGUGAUCUGGAAUGGGAACCGGAGGAUGUUAAGCAGCUCAAAUAG